AUGGGUACAUUUGUGACCCUGGCAGAAGUGUUGGAGGCCCGGGGUUCACCACUGGAUGAGGAUGAGGUCUGGUGUCUGCUGCUCGCCACCACUGAUGCCUUACUGGACAUUUACAAAAAAGGUUCAAGCAAGAUGUGCAGUGUGCUGAGCCCGGGCUCGGUGCUGCUGUCAGCCAAUGGGAGUCUGGCCUUCAAGAGCUGCGCCCGACAUGAAAACGUGGCCUCCUUCACAGCUCCGGAGGCCCAGCAGGGUCACACUGCCACCACCAGGACUGCAGCCGAAAAGAUGGUUGUGUACUCACUGGGGAUGACUCUUUAUUGGUGUGUUGACUAUCAUCUACCUCAAAACCAGCCGGUCCAACUCAGUCCAGAACUGGUGGGUUUGCUGCUGAGCAUGUGUGAGGACAUGGUGGUCCGGCGGACUGACCUGCUGACGGUGCAAGAUACCUGCGAGCUUCACCACAGGGCCUCAGUGCUGCCUCCUGCCGAACGGCUCGUCAGGCAGCUGGUGGAAGAUGUCUACAGGAACUCGGUGGAUCAUGUGUCCAUGGCUGAAAAUGGAUCCAGGCUAACGGACCGCAGUCAAAUGGUCAGGGACAGAUUACACAGAGGUUCUUUUAGUAACUCAACAUGUGCGCUGAAGAAGAAGAUUUCUAGAACAUUCUCUGGGGCAUCUUAUCCAUGCGAGCCCACAGGGAUUCCCUCGGGAGGUCGACACAUCGAGAGUUACGGCAGCUGGCAGCAGCUGAACCGUGGCCCCUGUAGCCCGUACGUAGACGGCAAUCGAAUCGCAAACUCAAGAUCCCUCGCACAGUUUGAGUCCUCGAUGAGUCUGAAUGACAAGAGAGUGAAGGACAUGGGUCCUGAGUUUAUUCGAAUGUUAGAUGAGCCGAUGGUUGUCUUGGAGCUGCCUGGAUCCAUCGUGUCAAAAAAAGGGAAAUCUCCAACCACUCAGAGAGAGAUAAGUGUGUUGAUGCCAAAUGGUCAGAGCAUCCUGGUCAAGUGUGAGGUGAAAUCCAGAGGAGGCGAUGUCUUUGACAUGAUUGUGGCUCAUUCCAACCUGGUGGAACAUUUCUACUUUGGCCUUGCUUAUAUUGAUGAUAACGAGUUUUUCUUUGUGGACAAUGACACCAAGAUUUCCAAAGUUGCUCCAGAUAGCUGGAAGAAAGUGCCUACAACCACCUUUGUCCUUUUCUUCAGAGUCAAGUUCUUUGUCAAUGACAUUUCUCAUUUGCACAAACAGACUCGCCACCAGUAUUACCUCCAGCUCAGGAGAGACCUUUUGGAGGACAGGCUGUCCUGCCAUGAGGAGACCGCUCUGUACCUGGGAGCUCUGGCCCUGCAGACCGAGUGUGGAGACUGCAUGCCUGAGGUGUACGGUAGGAACUACUACCGGCCUGAUCAGUAUGUCUCCAAGAGUGUGAUGGAGAAACGUGCCUUGCCUUACAUUCAAGGGGAGCUGCUGCGACUUCACACCAACAACGCUCAGAUGCUCACCGACGAAUCAGAACUUGAGUUUUUCAAGGUGUGUCAGCAGUUGCCUGAAUACGGCGUGUUUCUCCACCGUGUGAUGCGUGAGAAAAAGCCUUUAGAAGGAGAGAUCAUCCUCGGGGUUUGUGCCAAAGGAGUCAUCAUCUACGAGGUUAAAGAUGGCUGCCGAUCCACCACUCAGACUUUCUACUGGAGGGAGACAGCAACCAUCUCCUCUAAUAGGCGUAAGUUUGUAGUAGAGAGCCGGGGCAGCAAGAAGAAGUACAACUUCAUCACAGAGAGAUCGAAGAUAGCCACAUAUCUGUGUAACCUCUGUUCAGCUCAACACAAGUUCAACAAUGAGAUGAACUCUCGCCAGCUCAGCCAAAGCCUGGUCUCAGAGGAGAACACUGAGCAGUAUGCAGUGUGUCGCUCUCAGAGCAGCCGGCUCAAGUCCUUCUCCUGUUCGGAGACGCCACAGGAUGACAGCGGUCUGACCACGCCGCGGGAUGAGUCCCUGAACAAGCUGUGUGAUGACAUUGCAGACAGGAUCGAGACCCGCUUUAAACUGCAGCGCCUCAAUGAGCAGAGUACCUCCAGCAGUCAGCUCAGCAGCCAUAGUGUGCGUUCCCCAGCGUGCUCUCAGAAGAGCGGAUCUGAAGGACCUUCUGGCUCCACUGCACCCAAAGAAACAAAACCAAGGUCAUCGUCAGAGAGAGAAGUCAUAUGUGUUUCUUUAAAGAAAGACCCAAAGUUUGGCCUGGGUAUACUGAUAGUGGGAGAGGACACUGUGGGCCAUUAUGACUUGGGCAUCUUUGUUGCUUCCAUUGUGCCUGGUGGACCUGCUGAUAAGGAUGGACGCAUCCGAGCAGGCGGUCGUCUGAUCUCUCUGAACCACAUCAGCCUGGAGGGCGUCACCUUCAGCGAGGCAGCAGAGGUCAUGCAGAGCAGCCCUGAGGAAGUGCAGCUCAUCAUCUCACAGCCGAAAGUCCCAACUCUGAGUCCCAACAGUGUUCGCUCUCCCGUGUUCAGGAGUUACGAAUGCCAGACCACGCUGAUGACGGACGGACGCUCAGUUGACGACAGUUUGGAUGAGAUUGUCUCGGUUAUGAUGACACCGAAGACCAGCAACAGGCUUCACGUCCCCCGAGACGUACGAGCCGUCGGUACACAGGACAGCUGCUCUCUGUCUCCGUCUCUAAACUGUGUGAGGCCGAGCGAGAUCACCGUGGAGAUCAGAAAGAUAUCAGGAAGUCUGGGCGUCAGCAUCGCUGGUGGUGUCAACACAAACCUUCCCAACGGAGGACUCUACAUAAAAAGCCUUGUUCCAGGAGGGGCUGCUGAGAGAGAAGGACAUGUACAUGCAGGUGACAGACUACUGGAGGUGGAUGGGGUUAGCUUCCAGGGCUUCACCUACCAGCAGGCUGUCCAGCAUCUGAGUAAAACUGGGGAGGUGGUAACAUUGGUUGUGGAAAGGGUGUUGAUGAACCAACCCAGGGUUUCUCUCCGAUCAGACACCAUCAGCAACGCAUCGAAUCAGAGCGUCAGUCCAGCUACCAGCCCGCUCAGGAUUAACAACUGCUCAUCCAGCAGCACUUCUCAAAACACGAUCUCUGACCAGCCCAGAGGCUACAGCUUUGUCACCGAUGGCAACACCCAGGAAGUCACUUUGACUAAGAACGCUCACGGCCUUGGCUUCAGCUUCCUAAUGUGCGAGCUGGAUCCGCCCACUCGGGACUUUGGCAGUCUGGUCCGGAUAAAGGAGCUUUUCCCCGGGCAGCCAGCGCAGCAGAGCGGCAGGAUCCUGGAGGGAGACGUGCUGUUGGCCAUCAACGGCCAGUCUCUCAAGGAGCUGUCCUAUCCAAGGGUGCUAAAGCUCUUCAAGACUUCGCCACCUGAGGUUCGUCUGACUCUCAGUCGGCCUGCACAAGGGAGUCUUCCUUCCAUUGAUCAGUUUAUUGGCACAUGAGUGAUGUCACAGUGCAGUAUCAGCAUCGAGGAGAUGCUCAGAAGCAACACUGCGCUUCCCGAUCAAACAGGAAGUGGCGAUGGAGGCCGAGGAAAGACUGAGCGACAGAAGCGUUCUGAUCAGUGCGUUUAGCCGAUCUUAUCAAAGGACACCGUCACUGCUGAAAGGAAUACUGAAGAAGCAGUGAGGAGCAGGAGACCGGAGAGGUUGGAUGAGAAUGGAAUCCAAAAGAGGCAUUUUGUUGACAACAAAAGAAGAAGACGACGAGAACUAUUGGGUAACAGAGAUGGACAGCGUGGUCUCGACCUCUGCAGCCUCGGCUGAGGUCACUGCGCGACACGUGGUGAUGACUGAUGAGUGAAAGAUGGAUUUCCUCCACCAGUCUUCGUCUGCUGACAUCGCCGUCUUCCCGC